AUGUUGUCAUCCACAGAGCUGUCUGCCUUAAAGAUUCAAAACAAGCUGCUGGGUAAAUGUCUGCAGGUUACAGAAGGAACCGAAGGAGGUAGAGUGUCACUGGGCGAAUGCAGUCCACGCUCACCUAUACAGGAGUGGCGUUGGCACCAAGAGAGCCAGGCUGUCAGCAACUACCACACUGGAGAAUGUCUGACUGCACCAAGAGAGCAAUAUGAAGGUGUUCAUCUGCAGCCCUGUGUCUUCAGAACUGCAAGUGGCAAGGAUGGUGAUAGAAGAGAGCCAGGAAGACAGGUAUGGACAUGCUCCAGAAAAGGCCACCUCACUGUGGUAGGGAAGGGGCUCCACCUUACUGCUACAAAAGAAUCCACUUUGGUCUUCCUUUCAAGACAUAAGAAGAAGCAGGGCAGCAGGUGGAGAACACUUGACAGGCAGACGCUAUGCGAUGGGAAAACCAGCCAACAUAAAAAUAUCAAUCCUCACCUACAUCUGGGGGAAUCUUUGGAACCAGAGAUUCUUUCCAGUCAUAUAUCUGAUGUAUACAGACAGGAUGAAACAGAGAUUUCCUGGAAAAUGGCUAUGGUGGUGUUAAGUUUAUUGUCUCUGUUCCUGGGGAGUGUGACUCUUUUCUUCGGUAUUCACGCUGACAGGUAA